UGUCAUCUAUUUCAGAUCCACUCGAUGGAUAAAAAUUGCAUUAUCAUAAUUUAAUGCGUUUUGUAAGACUUGAUUUAGUGAUAAAAAAUCCAUGCUUGGAAUAACACAGUUUAACGACUACAGUACUGAUAUGAAAAUAUAACAAUCCUAUUGUAUAAGCUCGAUGUUUAUUCAGUUAGAAAUAUGAAAGGUAUCCGAGUUGUUGUGGUGUUGGAAAUUAUACUUUUAACAAAUGGGAAUCAGAACUGUAAUGCAGAAGAAUUUUAUGUAAAACAUCUUAAAUAUUCUGCAGAUGUUUAUGAGUUUUUAGCUGGAAAGAAUAAGGGAAACUUCGUGGUAAGCCCGCUGUCUGCCGAAAUACUUUUGUCACUAAUAGCAGAAGGAGCGAGAGGAGAUGCACUUUCAGAGCUUACUGACUACCUUGGUGUGUCAUCUGAUAGAUACGACGUCAUUUUAAGAAUCGUAAAAUCGCUAAACCAGAGCACUUGUGACUACCAAAUAGUUUCGGUUAACAAGGUCUACAUCUCUAACAACUACGAAAUAGAAGCAACGUUCAAGAAUAUCUCUCUUCUCAUUUACAACACCACUGUUGAAACGGUGGAUUUCAGAAAAGCCCAUGAGGUAUCUAAGGUUAUCAAUCAAUGGGUUGAAGACCAGACCAACCACAAAAUCCAUAAUUUGAUACAUUCCAAUGAGCUAGAUGCUGCUACAAUUAUUCUAGUCAACGUUAUCUAUUUCAGCGCCUCGUGGGCAAGGCCGUUUCGCUACAAACAUACAUCUCCAGCGAAGUUCUAUGUCUCAAACGGAAAAAGAUGAAGUGAUUUUGCUCUUUUCUGGUUGGCUGAUUUCUUAGGAGGACAAAAAGAAGUACACAUGAUGGAAAUGUCUCGCCACAUAGCAAAGUUUUGGCACAGUAAGGAACUAGAAGUGAAGUUUCUAGAGCUACCUUUUACUACUGAAAAUAUAACUAUGAUUUUCAUACUCCCUGAUGCAAAACAUGGCUUAAGUAGCAUGAAAGGGACUAUCGAGAACUAUAUAAACCACAAACAGUUCUCUAAGAGAAAAGUUCAUAUCAAAUUACCUAAGUUUAGUACUCAAAUUACCUUGGAUUUGGUUUCUUUUCUGAAGGAGAAAGGUGUCAAAUCUUUAUUCAACAGCUCAGCUGAUUUAAGCGGAAUAUCUUUACAGAAAGGACUUUCAGUUUCAUCUUUAAGGCAAAAAGUUUUUAUCAAUGUUACCGAAAAAGGAGUAGAGGCCGCAUCAGCUACGUAUGGUAUUAUGAAUAAAAUGCUACAAACCGCAAAAAUGCCUGAAGAAAUCGAAGAAUUCAUCGCGGACCACCCAUUUUUGUUUUUCUUGAGGGAAAAACAAAAUAAUAUGAUUGUAUUUAUUGGGCAAUUUGUGGGAUAAGAUCUAAGUUGUGACUAUGACAGGUCUUCGGAAUAAACUAUAUUUAACAUG